UAAUCUAGUGCCGUAAACGAGCCCUAGCCGUCUCGACCACUAUCCGACCACCUCACCAGUCACCACCCCCGGUGCGAAAAGGACACACGACACAUCGCAAAAAGCUAUGGCGGACUGCCUAAAGCCAUACACACCUACGUGUUAUGCAGGUCCGUCGACACAAGCAAGAGUUUAAAAGCCGCCCCCGGCCGUCCCACGCUUUCCUUUGACCGGUAAAAGAAGAAGCAAGAACACGAUCGAGGAGAAGAAGGCGGCCCCUAAGAAUCCACAGCCAAGAAGCAAUCGUCGUCCUCCUCCUCCUGCACCUCCUGCAAGAAGACGUUGAUAGGUCGAUCGGGAUGUGGGAAGGAGGAGGCAUCCACGGCAGCCACGAGGCGCUCCUGCUCCAGGCCGCCGGAUCAGGAGCAGGAGACGGCGUUUACGGCCACGCUCCGGCCCUCCUGCCGCCGUGGCUCGGCCCGGCCGCCGCGCCGUCGUACUCGUACAUGGCCCCCCACGCGCCGCCGGGGCCCUUCGGAGCUGAUGCGGCCGCGGCGGCGGGGCCUUUUGGCUUUGGCGUCGGCGGGUACUGCGAGGGCGGCGGCGCUGGGGGCGUGGGGCAGGUCGGGCUGUUCGGUCCGGAGUCGCCGUCGCAGCACCACCAAGGGGUGGCCGGCGGUGCCGCGCUGCAGCACCACGGUUCCAGGGUGGUGUCCGGGCUGCUGGGGACCCUGCAGGCGGAGCUGGGGCGGAUGACGGCCAAGGAGAUCAUGGACGCCAAGGCUCUGGCGGCCUCGCGCAGCCACAGCGAGGCCGAGCGCCGCCGCCGCCAGCGCAUCAACGGCCACCUCGCAAAGCUCCGCAGCCUCCUCCCCAAUACCACCAAGACGGACAAGGCGUCGCUGCUGGCCGAGGUCAUCGAGAACGUCAAGGAGCUGAAGCGGCAGACGUCGGCGGUGUUGGCCGCAGGGGAGGGGGAGCGGGAGGGGGAGGAGACGGCUGCGCAGCAUCAUCUGAUUCUGCCGACCGAGGCCGACGAGCUGGCGGUGGACGCGGCAGAGGACGGGGAGGGGAGGCUCGUCGUGCGAACCUCCCUGUGCUGCGAGGACCGCGCGGGCCUCAUCCCGGACAUCGCCCGCGCGCUCGCCGCGCUCCGCCUGCGCGCGCGCCGCGCCGAGAUCGCCACGCUCGGCGGCCGCGUCCGCAACGUGCUCCUCAUCACCGCGGACGACGAGGAGGAAGGACAGGGCGAAAGAGACGACGUGGAAGGCGACGGUGACGGGUGCGCCGGCACCUCCCACCGGAGGCACGAGCUUGUCGCGUCGAUCCAGGAAGCGCUGCGCGGCGUCAUGGACCACAAGGAGGAUGGCAGCGACACGUCCUCGUCGAGCGGCGGCGGCGGGAGCAUCAAGAGGCAGCGCAUGAGCGGCAUCCACAAGCAAGGUUCGCUCUAGUGUGGUAAACACUAGCUAGCUAGAUCCAUGGCUCCCUCAAUGCUAGCAUGAAAUAUGCAAGCAUGGAUGCAUGGCUAGCUAGCUUAUGAAACUCAACUUAGUAUAGCUAUAAGUUAUAUCCCACUUCAAAUUUAGACCUGGCUCUUCUUUUUUUGUUGCUAUGGUAAUGGUGUGUGCAUGAGGGAAAGAGAAAGGAAACAUGGAUGUCCAAGGUAGAGGGAGAGUUUUAUGUAUCCCUUAUAUGUUUGUGUGCCUUUUACUUUGCAUAUGUAUGGGGAAGAGGGGGUGAUUUGAAAGGUUAUUGAUAAACCUCUCAUAAAAUGGGAGUGAUAAGGGUGUAUAUGUAUAAUCUCGGGGGUAUAAUGGAAGAUGAAAUUGGUGGGGUGUUAAAUUUC